CCCCCUCCUCCUACAGAGCAGAGGGGGCGGAGGGAGAAUCCCCGCACACGGGGCCGGGCUCUCCGGGGAUUGUCUGCUCGGGUGCCGGUGCGGUACCUGUUGAUCGGGUGUGUGCGGUCCGGAGGAGCCGAGGUUCGGGUUAUAUGAGGUCUGGAGAAUCCCGGAGCGGAUCUGGGAAUUACUGGGAUUACAGAGGGAUUAUCAUGGAGGUGGGCACCAGAUCUAUUCCGGGUGCCUCUGGGUAGCAGCAUGAUUUCCCCUGGAUUUACAGGAGUGGUCCACUGACUUCCAGACCAGAUCUCCAGAUGCCCACCGUCUCCUCAGACCGCAUGUUGUGGCGCUGCCUCCGUCCUGCAUUUCUGUCUUCUCUGCCCCAGACAUGGACUACAAUGAGGUGUGUCGGCUCUCUCCGCGCAUCUUCUAUGGACGAACCUUGUGGUGAGGACAUGACGACCGGAAGCUAACACUGCAAUGGAUAAGGUGCAUGUUCAGUCGGAGGACAUCGUUGGCAAAUUAAAGGAGAAGGGAUUUAAUCCUGGGACUUCUACAGAAGAAUACUUAUGUUUCCUCUGGGACCUGUAUCAGAUAGCAGAGAGCAAGUUACAGACCUGCAAUAACAAUCUGGAGGAGCUGAAACUACAACAAGCCGAGGAGAUGAAAGAGGUGGAGAACUAUGUAGCUCACAUCAGGAGCCUCACUGAGGAGAGGGAGGCGCUCACUACAGAUUUUGAGAAGGAAAAUAUACAAUUCAGGAUUGAACUAGAGAAGUUGCAGAUUCAGCAAGAAUCCCAGCUGAAGGAAGUGGAAGAGAUGCUGGACCAAGAAGGGUUAAUAGAGAUCGCCCACAGCAGCCCCAGCGAGCAGAUUGCCUACCUGCUGGUGGAGAGAGCCACACUGCUGGAGAAACUUGAGCUUCUGGAACAAAAGAUGGACUCGGAGAACAUGAGCGAUCAAAAACGACAGGAUGAAUUGGAACAAAUUCAUCGGACAUUGGAAGAAGAACUUUAUCAACAGCGUGAAAUCAUGAGGAGCACCAAGGAAACUAUGAACAAGGAGCCAUUGUCCUCAGUUCAGAAGCCAUGGAAGAAGUUGUUUGGGACUCGUAAAAAUGCAGACAGAGUGUCUGCUGAGAGUUCAACUUUUGAUGAGGAGCUUGAUAAAGAGAGGAAAAUUAGGGCAAACAUGGAGAGAGAUCUGACCGAAGCUGCUCAGAGGUUGAAAAUGGCGCAUGACGAAAUCCGUAAGCUCACGGACGAUUUACUUAUUAAGAAAAAGGAACUGAGCGAGCUGGAACAAAUAAUGCAAAAGAAACAAGAAGACACUGAUGCACUACAACAAGAGCUCAAAGACCUCAGAGACAAUGAUUCCCUAGAACUACAAAAAGCCAAAGAACAUAAUAAUAGAUUAGAUAAAGAAAUCCUUGCCUUACGCCAACGAGUCAGAUCACUGGAUUCUGAACGGAAGAAACACAUGGAGCAGUGCGAUAAAAGUAACAGCGACUCGACAAUCUCAACACCCACACCUCAAAGCCUGCAAGACAAUCCAGAGCUACAUAAAAAAUGUAAACUUGAUCUUGAGGAGAAGGAAUGUCAGAAGAAGCAACUGCAGCACAAGCUCCAGAAACUACAGCGAGAGUACGAUGACAUUGUAGAGCGCAAUGAGGAGCUGGAAUCCAUUUUGGGGGAAUCUCAGAAUCGCACUAAGGAACAAGUCGAUUAUUUAGAGUGUGAAAUCGCUGGACUCCAGAGGACGAUUAUGAACUUGGAAGCCGAGCUGACGGAGAUGGCGGAGCAGCGGGAAAUCAAGGAGGAGAUGCUGUCGUCCGUGCAAAAGGAGGGCGCGGACCUCAAAAAGAUGUCCGACUUACAGCAGGAGCUGGAGGCUUUAAAAAUGAAGCAAAUGGAAGUAAAUAAGGAGAUGAAGAGCAAAGAACAAGAAAAUCACAAUUUACGGGUGAAAAAUGAGCAGCUGGGGAGAGUAAAACAACUCCAAGACCACAAGUUAUCAGAGCUUCAGAUUCAAAGUAAAAAGAUGCAGAUGAGCGAACAGAAAUCCUCAGGGGAGGCGAAGCAGACGGAGCAGCAGCUACAGGACAAGAUUAAGACCCUGGAGACGGAGAAACAAACUAUAAGCUCCGCGCUAUCUGAGCACAAGAAAAAGUGUGACAUUCUUCAAAGACAGUUCAAUGAAGAGCUGGAGGAAGUGAGGAACCUGCGGGAGGAGAACCUGCAACUCAGACAGGAGGUGACAACCGCCAGGCAAGAUCUGCAGUCCAAAAGGGAAGAGAAUGCGCGGCUUAGGCAGGAAGUUUCCAGGUUGCAAGAUCAAUUGUCCAAACCAUUAAAUGUGGUAAAUGGAAAUAAGCCUCUAGCAGGGGAUUCUCUAAUCCAGCAGCAAUAUGAGGAAAUCCGUCAACUGCGACAAGAUCUCCACAGAGUACAAAAUCUCUGCAGCUCGGCGGAGAAAGAGAUGAGAUAUGAACGGGACAAAAACCUGGAUAUCAAGAAGCAGCAUAUACUUCUGCAGAAGGAGAACACCAAGCUAACUGCAGAGCUGAAUCAGGUUAAGCAGAAGCUCGCCGUCAUGACUGCCACUUGCACUGGUCUUGAAGUUGAUCUGGAGCAGCAACACCAUGCGCUGAAAGAAAUGGAGCUGGAGUUACUUAAGAGGAACCAAACCGCUAAAGCAUUGAGCAGCUGGCAGGAGAAGCUGGAACAUGAGAAGUGCCGAGCUAUGGAGGCAGAAAAAAUGGUGAUGGAACUGGAGCAACAACUGCGAGGCUGUCAGCACCAGAUAUUACUGCUGGAGACUCAGAAUGCAGAGAGGCGCCACCUAGAGGAAGAGCUGAAGAAAACAAGAGAGAGUGAAGCCAAGCUAAAGGUGCAAGUACAAGAUGAACAGCUAAAAAGGAAAAUCAUGGAUCAGAAUUUUGAGGAAUUGCAGGUGGAAAUCAAAGCCCUUCAUGACAAAGAUGUUUUACUGACUCAGAAUAACUGUGCUCUUCAGCUAAGACUGCAUCAGCAGGAAUCCCUCCGACAACAUAUGGAUGAAGAGAAAAUGGCCACUGCUGCCGGGCGCACGCACUUGGAGAACAUGAAUCAGAAGCUUUUGGAAGAACUGUCACAAGCACAAGAGGAGAAGGAGCAGUUACAUAAGGAAUACGAUAAACUAUCCCGACAGCUGGAUGACUAUAUCAGGAAAUAUAACGAAAGACAGCUUCGCUAUAAGGCCAAACUCAGCCAAGCAAAGGAGAGUCACUUAAAUGUAGUAAACCAGAGGGACCUGCACAUUAAACAGCUGGAAAUGGAGCUUGCCUUCAGCCGAAGCCAGGCAGAGAAGGAGCAGCAAUGGAUCAGUAGAAUCACAGCUGACAACGAGAAUCUACAUGAGGAGAAGAGACAUUUGCUCCACAAGAUCACAGAGUAUGAAGCCUCAGACAGGAAUCACAAGUGGAAACUGCUAUCGGUACAGAACAGGGCCGAUAUUCUAGAUGAAGAAAACAGACAACUGCAGGAGAGUCUGCUCCAACUUUAUAACCAAGUGGCAUCGCUGGAGCGAGUGCUAAAGAAGUUGCAGUCACUGAAUCUUGCUGAUAUCACAAAGGUAAUGUCACCUGAGUGUCUUCUAAACCCUGAAGCAAUAUUAAAUCACAGUUCUUCAGAGACUGAACCUGCAAGUCCGCCUGCGAUGUCAAAAGUCAUUGAUGUUCCAAAGUCCCCAGAAAUCCCUAUGACCCUAUCGCUAUCUCCUUCAGACACAUUGGAAGUUGGCUAUCUCAACGUUGCUUCCCCGGGAGUCCCCAUCACUUUCCUCGAACCAGCGGUGUCCCCAGAGCCUUGCAUUGACAAUAUAUGAAAAGAGAGGAGACCAUCUACUUGGGUCCGGAUCUUUCAUGAACAAUUUUUUACCCUUACCACUGAGUAUCAUACAUGAGAGCGCUGAUUCACUAUAGUGAUGACCAAGUUAGAGGUUUGCACCUUUCAGAGAUAACUGUGAUGGAUUUAGGUGCCUUCCCUUUAAGAGUAUUAACCCUCAUGCUGCUACCUGUACAGCGGUGACCCAAUGUGGCUGCAGAUGUUUGUAUUUUUAUAUUAGUUUAUUAUAAUCUUUUUAAA